AUGUCCACGGCAGCAAGCGACAAGCUGCCCACGUAUUUUAUCGGCCAUGGGGGCGUAAGUAUCCUCUUCAAACCCGGCUAUGGGCCCGUCCAGCAAGAUCUGCGCGAGAUCGGCAAGGAAAUCAAAGCUCUGAAGCCAGAGGCUAUUGUGAUCACUUGUGGUCACUUUCAGAGUGAGAAUGAUACCAUCCAGGUUAACCUAAAAGAACCGACGAAGGUCUGGCAUGACCUGGGCCCAUCCUGGCACACUACAUUCCCACAUGUUUUCGAAUAUCAAUACCCGCACAAAUCUUCCAGGGCAUUGGGCGAGAAAGUAUUGCGACAUUUGGUCGACCAAGGGAUUAAGGCAGAGGGCGUUGAGCGCGACCUCGAUCAUGGGGUAUGGGUACCCUUUAAACUCAUGUUCCCUGAUGGAGAGGAUGAAUUGGAUAUCCCCAUCCUGGAAGUUUCCACAUAUGAUGGUAACGAUCUGGAUGCGCAUGUUCGACUCGGUGAAGCUCUUUCAUCACUACCCGGCCGAAUCCUAAUCAUUGGAUCAGGAAUGAUAGUCCACAAUCUCCGCGCAACUCGUGAAGGAACCGCUGGCACCACAGUGGCUAGAUCGGUAGAACAGGCGGCCUUGAAGUCCCUCGCUGCGCCGACUCCGCGGGAGAGAGACACUCGUUUUCUAGAUUUGCAGAAACGUGAGGAUUGGGUUGACGCGCAUCCCACCGAGGAGCAUGUUUUGCCCUUAUAUGUGACACUGGGCGUGGGACGGGAUUGGCCCGAGUAUAAGGUGUGGAAUCAGGACCGGUACAUCAUCGGACAGUCCUAUCUCUCGUUUCGGCUUGGCGCGCUGCCUGCCACAAGUAACGGGUUAACUGGGCAUCUCUAGGUGCCAAGAUCACUCCGCGGAGUGACUGCUAUCAGUGUGGAUUCGGCGUUGGGAAAAUCUGC